CGGACUGAAAACAAUGAAAAAGUAGACGGCUUGUUGUAAAUUGUAAUAAAGUAGGAUCGAUCUAUUUCGACUGCCUCUACACCCGCCAUCACUCGACGCUCACAGAGUCAGAAGAGAGAUCUGAAAUCCCGAAUGGCAAUCGAGCCUCCCAGCAACUACCAGAAGUACGGCGUCCCUUUCUACGUCGCCGCUUGGGCUCCCGACGUCCGUAAGUCCCAACCACGCGACCAAGACGAUGACGACGACGAUCAAAGCAAAGCUCCGACUGAGACUGAAUCAGCCCAAUCCCAUCCCAACCAAAACCACGUCGUUUUGGCCGGCGGUGGUGGCGAGGGUCGCAGCGGGGUCCCAAACGCCAUCCUUGUCGCCCAAUUCGAUCCCGCCUCCGUUUCUCUCUCUCAUCAGCCCGUGGCUAAGCUGGACACUGGCUCGGAUUUGCCUUAUAGAAUGGCGGUUCACCCCGGUGGUGACGGUCUCAUUUGCUCUUUUCCUAAUAGUUGCAGAUGGUUUGAAUGGGACGAAGAAAGUGGUGAAGAUCCUAAACUGGGUUUGAAGCAGUCGGACAGAGUGCUCGACCAGUUGGUAGAUGUUGGACAACAGUUAGCCUUGGCAUUUAACAAAGAAGGUUCCGUUCUUGCUGCUGGAGGCGAGGAUGGCAAAUUAAGGGUUUUCAAGUGGCCUGGCAUGGAAAUUAUUCUCAAUGAAGCUCCAGCUCAUACUACAGUGAAGCAAUUAGAUUUCAGUCCUGAUGGGAAAUUUCUUGUCUCCUUGGGAAGUAGUGGCCCUGGUAGGGUGUGGGACAUAACUUCGUCUACUGUUGCAGCUUCUCUACCACCAGAAAAGGACGAGGUUUUUUGUGCAUGCAGAUUUUCUUUGAUUAGUGAUGGGAAUUACAUUCUAUAUAUUGCAGAUAAAUCUGGAAGCAUUGUGACAUGGAACACAACCACUUGGAAGAGGAUUGGAUCAAAGACUAUUGCACGUGACAUUAUUUGUGCCUUUGAUGUUUCAGCUGAUGGAAAGCUCCUUGCUUGUGGAACUACUCAAGGAGAUCUUGUGAUAGUAAAUUCAACCAGAAUGCAAAUUCAAAAAGUGGUUAAGAAAGCACACCUUGGCUUUGUAACUGCAUUGAGUUUCUCUCGUGAUUCAAGAGCUUUGGCUUCCGCAUCCCUGGACUCGAGUGCAAGGGUGUCCACACUUGAGGAUGAGAAGAAAACUGGAGGAUUGAACAUAUGGAUCAUUAUAUUCAUCAUUCUAGUCGCCAUUGCUGCAUAUUUCUUGAACAAUCCUGAGAAGUUGCCGUCGUUUAAUUCUUAAAUGUAAAAAUUUGACCGCUCCUGGCGUUGAAAGGAUUUUAAAAUUCGAAGAGAUCAGCUUGGUGCUUGUGAUUGUAAUAUGAUAGGAUCUGUUAUAGGAUAAUAGGACACUGACCAGUUGGGCUUGAAAGCCAACUCAUCUGUAAGCCUAUUAGCGUGAGAUUGCCUUUUUCGGCGUUGUCUUCAUAAUAUAUAGUUUACUUUUGGAGGUGUAUACCAAUUUUCUGAUUCUCUUUGUGAAAAUAAUUGUUCUAUCCAUAAAUUUUCAUUUUUUUA